UUUACAAACUUUGCAGAGAGAGAGAAUGAAUCUGACCAGCGUUCUUUUUCUUUCUUUGUUGUUUGCUUCAGCUUCAGCGACUCCUAGAGUCUCUGUGUCUGAGUACUAUGCAAGGUUUAAGAACCGGGCUGCAAUCCACCGGGCUGCAAUCCACCAGCAAUCCAAACUUGGAAUAGAUAAGAGUGGGGGUGGUAAGGUUUUCUAUCCAGUGGAAUAUGGGGCCGACCCGACGGGCCAGAAUGAUAGUAGCGAUGCGAUCAUGAGCGCGUUGGCAGAUGCUUUCAAGGUUAAGAGCGACAAUGUACUGUUACCGGGGAUAAGAGAUUUGGGAGGAGUGGAGAUCGACUUGCAAGGAGGAAGUUUUAAGAUUUCAAAGCCCAUCCUCUUCCCUGCCUCUGGCGGUGGCAAUGUUCUGAUUCAUGGUGGCUCACUCAGAGCAUCAGACGAUUUCCCUACUGAUCGUCGCCUGAUCGAGUUGUGGUCUCCAUCCUCUGUUAAAAAACCCUCAAACCCUUUUGCCCAAAUCAUGGCACAGCAGGCACAGGGCACGUUUUACGAGGAUGUGACAAUGCGUGACAUCAUGUUCGAUGCCAACUUCCGUGGUGGAGGGAUCUUGGUUAUCGACUCGGUCCGGACGCGAAUAGACAACGUCUUCAUUGCCCACUUUAUGACAGAUGGCAUCCUUGUAGAGGGCGGCCAUGAGACCUUCAUCACUGACUCCUUUGUGGGGCAGCACAUUACUGCGGGUGGUGACCCUGGGGAGCGCAAUUUCUCUGGUACCGCAAUCAACCUCGCUAGCAAUGACAACAUUGUUACAGAUGUUGCAGUCUUCUCUGCGGCCAUAGGUGUCCUUCUUCGGGGCCCUGCAAAUAUCCUCACAGGGGUACAUUGUUAUAACAAAGCAACCGGAUUUGGAGGAGUUGGCAUAUAUGUCAAGCUUGCAGGACUGGCUCAGACACGUAUCUCGAACUCGUACAUGGAUUGGACCGGUAUUAUAGCUGAGGACCCGGUGCAAUUUCAUGUAACUAAUGGUUUCUUCUUAGGGGAUGGAAAUAUCGUCCUAAAAUCGGUGAGUGGAAAGAUGCAUGGAGUGAACAUUGUGGACAACAUGUUUGCUGGGAAUGGCCAGGGGGUGCCAAUCGUGAAACUUGAUGAGACGGUAACAAAAUUUACAGAGGUGGACCAGGUGGUGGUCGACCGCAACAAUGUGAUUAAGAUGUCCCUCAUAUCGACUGUGGGUCAGAUGGUGGUGUCUGGUGUUGGGAAGAAGUGGGUCGCUGAUUUCUCACCUUUGUUGCUAUUUCCUGGAAGGAUCAAUCACGUCCAGUACUCGUUCUACACAAAGGCCAGAGCAUCAGGAUUGAAGAGGUUUACUGCAAAUGCAAUCACAAGCGUGUCGGGAAAUACGGUGGUUGUCGAGUCAAAGCAAGCAGUCGAUGCAGUGGUGUCUGUGAGUGUUGAUCAGAAUGCUAACCCAGGGGAGACGAGCUUGUAUGUCUAAAUGAAGACACAAAGUUCAUUGAUCCAUGCACAUGUAUGAAAGAUGAUAUAUGCCUUCCACCUCGAUAUAUAUUCAUUAAGUUGUCUUUC